AUGUCUGUCGAAAUCAGUCCCAGUGCUCAGCUCGGCUUUCCCCGCCCGCUUACGCAGGUGGUAAAGCGCUCGAUCUUUGUGUCUAACUCGAAUUCGCAGCCUGUUGCCUUCAAGGUCAAGACGACGGCCCCGAAGCAGUACUGCGUGCGCCCCAACUCGGGCCGCGUGGAGCCGGGCGAGCGCGUCGAGGUGCAGGUGCUGCUGCAGCCCCUCAAGGAGGAGCCUCCGCUGAACACCAAGUGCCGCGACAAGUUCCUCAUCCAGAGCGCCAUCAUCCCGGCGGACAAGGAGACGCUGCCGAUGACCGAGUUCUGGGCCAUGCAGGAGGGCGAGAAGGAGGCGAUCUCUGAGCACAAGCUCCGCUGCGUGUACCUGCCUGCGAACAGCGAGCCGCUGCCCGAAGAGAAUGAGGACCUGUCGUCGGUCGGCGCAGGCGCUGUGGGCGCGGGUGCAUUCGGUGCGGGCGCGGGCGCGGGCUACAUGGCGUCGCCGUCAAGCGGCAGCGGCAGCGCGCAGCCGCCGAUCUCGAUCGCGUCGCUGAGCAACAUGUCUCCGAGCGCUUCGAGCCAGCCAGCGCCUGUGUCUCUCCCGUACACGAGCACUAGCUCGCUGCCCGUCUCUUCGGGUGUCUCGUCAUCGAUUGCUGCUCCGAGCUCGUCGCUGGCGAACCGCGCCGUGUCGCCUCAAGACCUGGAGGCGGAGAACGCGCGCCUGCGUGCCCAGCUCGAGAACAACGGCGCGGGCAUCCGCACGGCGACCCAGAAGGCCAGCUCGGGCGUGCCGGUGCACAUUGUCGCAGCCAUUGCCGUGGCCGUGUUCGCCAUCACCUAUCUGUUUUUUUAA